CUGAGGAUUAGGAGUGCACGUAACUGAUGAUUGUUGCAAGAUGGCUACUUCACCCACACCAUCCUUAGACUCGCUACCAGGUGCAUCGAAUUCAAUUGGUUCGUUUGGCGAACCGGCGGAUUACUUAUCGGAUUCUCCACUGACCACACUGAGUGGUGGUUCCGGAACGACCGGAUCGUCUCCACCGGCCAGUGAUUCUGCGAUCUGUGACGACUUUGCGACCUCGUCCAGCCUCGAGUCGGCCCAGUCAAACAACGGCUCAUCCGAGUCGCUGUUCCCUCGGUGCACCGGUUGCAAAAGCAAGCAAUCGGAUGCGGUAGCCAAAUGUAUGGACUGCGAUAACUUCCUGUGCGCCAACUGCGUCACUGCGCACCAAUUUAUGCACUGCUUCGACGGCCAUUCAGUGUACCGUAUUACAGGUGCGGGUAGUAGUGUUCCUGUCGGUGGUAAUACGUUCGGUUCGAUUGGUUCCCUUACCGCGGGGACGAUGGCGACCAACACGGUCACUGCCACUGCUCCGACCACCCCGACUCUUGGCGGCUUGCUAGGAGGUUGCCUAGAAGGGUCCGGGCUGCUUAGUGGUAAUAUUCUGGGCGGUGGAAAUGGUGGUGCUGGUAAAAUGCUACAAGUGGGUUGCUUUGAUUCAACCCAUCCGCGACUCAGCUCGCUCAAUCUGACUAUCAAGGACGAUGCCAGCAGUCUGGUAAAAUCAAUCAUGAACAACGUGAUAACACCUCCCACAUCGAACGGUACCGGUGCGCCAGGUAGUGGCGGCAAUGUGGGCAACGGCAACAACAGCAGCAGUAGCAGCACCAGCAGCACCAGCAGUAACAGUAGCACCAGCAGCACCAGCGGUGGCAAUGGAAACAGUCUGCUUAAUCAGGUCAAUAGUCAGCUUUCGGGCGUAAUGCAACAAUCCACCGGAUUGGGCUCUGAUCUGUUGCUCUCCAACGGACUCGGUGGUGGAGGGCUCGGAGGACUGCUAGGCAAUGGCAAUAUGGGAAGCGGUCUAGGAGGAGGGCUGCUGGGUGGCAACAACAAGCCAAACUAUUUCUGCAAACGGCAUCCGAGCGAGUUGCUAAAGUUCUUUUGCCGCACCUGCAGCGUCCCGGUGUGCAAGGACUGCAUGUUGGACCAUCCGAACGGAUUGCAUGAAUGUGAGCACAAUAGCGACACUACGCCGAAACAGAUCGAAAGCUUGCUGCACACCGUGUCGGAAGUACGCGCCAAAGCACAGGAUUUACGCUCGCUGAUCAAGAACGUAGAACACAACAACCAGCGCAUCCAGUUGCAGUACCACAAGGCACAGAACGAGAUCGAAGAUACGCAUCAAUUCUACCGCUCGAUGGUGGACGAACGUAAAGCCGAGCUACAGAAGGAGCUCGAAAGCUUCUUCAACGCGAAGACGGUCUCACAGUCGGAGCUGCUGAACCGCAGCCAGGAUCAUGUUGACAAGAUGCUGCAGAGCUGUGAAUUCGUCGAACGGCUGACAAAAUGUGCUGGCCCCUCGGAAACUAUCAUGCUGCGCAAGUUUAUGGAGAACAAACUGAUGCUCUUUCCAGCGAUCACACAUGAUCUGCAGGCAUCGUACGAGCUGGAGUUUGUGUCCAACUACCAGGCGAUACAGAUUGGCGUCCGCAACACAUACGGAUACAUUCGCUCGAAUGCGGACCUGAGCAGUGUCACAACAAAGCAACCACCUAUCGCCCGCCCCACUUCCACCACUAACGGAGGCUCCCUGCUGGGAGGUUCCGGAAAUCGUAGCGUCAGUCCAUCAAACAGUAGCACCGGCAGCCUGAGUUUGAUGUCUCAUCACCAUAUCAGAAACGCUGACAGUAUCAUGAAUGGCGGUAAUGGUGGCCCUCAUCUGCUUGAUCACCAUUCGCACCAGCGCCACCAGCAGCAUCAGCAACAUCAGCAACAGCAUCAGCAGCGAUCCUUUGGCAGUUCGUUGGUGAAUGGCGGUGGUCAUGGUGUCAAUGGUGGAUUAUCAACCUCUCCGCUAAGUGGGGCCAGCAUGGUCAACGGGCUGUCGUCGGCAUUCGACACUACGAACCUUAUCUCGAAGCGGUUCAACAGUGCCAACAGUCUCGGUCCUUUCGUUGGUGAGCCAUCCAUUGGGCAACCGAUUGGCAAUGCUUACGAGAAGUGGAGCAACGGUGGAACGACGGAUUUGUUCAACAAUCUCGCUGAUCAGUACACGAUCCCACUGAACCCAAUUGGCGGCGGUGGUGGUGGUGGUGGCGGCGGCGGUGGUGGCGGUGGGAAUGUGAAUUCUGGUACCGGUGGACAGCAGGAUCCUUCCGCUGCGAUGAUUGACCUAACGGCGAAGCUGAUGUCUAGCUCAAUGUUCCCACCGAAGAGUCAAAUCAAGCGUCAAAAGAUGAUCUAUCACUGCAAGUUUGGGGAGUUCGGUGUAAUGGAAGGUCAGUUUACGGAGCCGAGUGGCGUGGCGGUAAACGCCCAGAACGACAUCAUCGUGGCAGACACGAACAAUCACCGGAUACAGAUCUUCGACAAGGAGGGACGUUUCAAGUUCCAGUUUGGCGAGUGUGGCAAACGGGAUGGCCAAUUGCUCUACCCGAACCGGGUGGCUGUGGUGCGUAAUUCCGGUGACAUCAUCGUGACCGAGCGUUCACCAACGCACCAAAUCCAGAUCUAUAACCAGUACGGUCAGUUUGUGCGCAAGUUUGGUGCCAACAUCCUGCAGCAUCCACGCGGUGUCACCGUGGACAGCAAGGGUCGCAUUGUGGUCGUCGAGUGCAAGGUGAUGCGUGUCAUCAUCUUCGACCAGUCCGGUAAUGUGCUGCAGAAAUUUGGUUGCAGCAAGCAUCUCGAGUUCCCGAACGGGGUGGUCGUGAACGACAAGCAGGAGAUUUUCAUCAGCGACAAUCGAGCGCACUGCGUCAAGGUGUUCAACUACGAGGGCCAGUUCCUGCGGCAGAUCGGUGGCGAGGGCGUAACCAACUAUCCAAUUGGCGUGGGCAUUAAUGCCAGCGGCGAAAUCCUUAUCGCGGACAAUCACAACAAUUUCAACCUGACUAUCUUCACGCAGGACGGACAGUUGGUGUCGGCCAUGGAGAGCAAGGUGAAGCAUGCACAGUGUUUCGAUGUAGCCCUGAUGGACGAUGGUAGUGUGGUGCUAGCGAGCAAGGACUAUCGGCUGUACAUCUACCGAUACGUGCAGGUUCCUCCAAUCGGCCUGUAAACGUAUUCGCACGGUACACU